AUGGCACCAGCCAAGAAGGGGAAGGCCAAGGCCAAGGCCAACCCGGCCGAGUCAACUCAGCCCGUAAACCCCAACAACAAUUUCCCAACCUCUAUUCGGUACAUACCUCCCUCCUCAGUCGCCAUCACCAUCCACGCCAAACCUGGUUCCAAAAUCGCCUCCAUCACUGAUUUCAGUGAUGAGGCGUUGGGGGUGCAAAUAGACGCGCCUGCAAAGGACGGGGAAGCUAAUGCAGCGCUACUUGACUACCUCAGCUCGGUUUUAGGGGUAAAAAGAAGGCAGGUUUCUAUUGGUUCUGGCUCCAAAUCAAGAGACAAGGUUGUUAUUGUGGAGGGGAUGACUCUACAAAGUGUUUUUGACAUACUGGACAAAGCUUCGAAGUCCACCUAA